GCACGUAUUUAUAUAUAGAAUAAUUUCUAGAGCGAGACGGAGAGAGAGAGGGUUGUAUCUAAUUCUCGUCGCGGCGGAUUGUAAUUGCAGAGCUUCCAUACACACACAUCUAUAUAAACAUAUCAAUCGAUAGCGAAGUUGCUUUGCGAUAGAUCCGAUUGAUUGAUUCUAGAGAGAGAGCGACGAGAAGUGUAGAGAGAGAGUAUGAGUAGUCACAGAGGCAGUAACAAUGGCGGCGGCGCCGGCGUUCAAUCAAUCCCACCGGCGGCGAGGAAGAUUGUGCAGAGCUUGAAGGAGAUCGUUAAUCGGCCUGAAUUGGAGAUCUACGCUACUCUCAAGGACUCUCAUAUGGACCCAGAUGAAGCGGUUAAUAGGCUUCUCUCUCAAGAUCCUUUCCGUGAGGUGAAGAGCAAACGAGAUAAGAAAAAAGAGAAUAAGGAUUCAGCAGAAUCAAGGUCUCGUAGUGGCAGUAACACCUCUAAUCGUGGAGCCAGAAGUGGUACGGAUCGCUAUGUUGGACGUGGUGGCUCAACUCAAUUUAGUUCUUCUGACUCUGGUCCCCCGCAUGGAAAAGUUGCAUACAGAAAGGAAAAUGGAACAAACCCCUACACAAGUUCUUCAUCCACAGCACCGGGAGGUUCAGCACAUCGCACAUUUCAGCAUCCUCCAGCUCCCAGUGAUUUUGUGGCUGAUGAAAAGAAAGCAUCAACACUAAGCAGAGCUGAUGGUAAUCUAUCAGCUUCACAACCUUCUACUGGAUAUCAACCUGCUUGGGUGGGGGCUCAUGGACAAAAAUCGAUGGCUGACAUUGUUAAGAUGGGCAAGCCACAGAGCAAGGUUUCCAGCACACCGACAUCAUCUCAUUAUAGUGGGGAUCAAGGCUCUAAGGUUCCAGAUUUAUAUGUGGAGCCAGGGGCUGCGCCUGAUGAAUGGCCAUUAAUUGAACCAACCCAAGCAAGUCUGACACUGGGGUUGGAGUCUCACACAGAUUCCCAGCCGCAUCCAGAUCAAUCCAACAUGCUUUCAAAUAAGAUUAAUCUGCAAAUUCAUUCCGAGCCUGAUGAGGUUGAGACAGAAGAGGAUAGUUCGGUUGAAAAUCCUGACUAUGUUGGAUCUGCUACUAUGUCCAGUGGGAACCUGCAGGUGGAUAACCCUGGAGAUGCAACUCUAGUUGAUAACAUGUAUGAAAAGAUUGACUCCUACCAGUCAAAUCACCAUGCUUUCCAGAGUGAGGAAGUGGAAGAUGCCAAAACCUCAGUGGCAGCUGAGACUGCAAACAUGCAUCAACUAAGUAUACAUGAGGAAGAUCAUGAGGCAGCAUAUGAGGAAGACACCCCUUCUGUUGUAAUUCCAGAUCACCUGCAAGUACAGAGUGCCGACUGCUCACACUUGAGUUUUGGUAGCUUUGGAUCUGCUCUUACAGGCUAUUCUGACCCUUUUGCAUCUAGGUCCUCUAGAGGUAACAUUGAAGAGACACAUUUAGAGACAGAUGCUCCAGCAACUGGGCACUCAGAUACUAGAAAUUCUGAAUAUUAUGGAGAUGAGUCUAUUAGAGCCGCCGCAGAUGCAAAUUUAGUUCAUAGAACUAGCGGAGAUGCUGCAGGUUAUGAUUCGCCAUCUGCUCCACAAGAAGAAUUGCUGAAGCAGGAACACUCUGAAGUGGCACAUGGGAAUCAGUAUGCCUUUCCCUCAUCGUCAACUGGUUAUACUUUUGAAAGUGCGCAACAGUUGAACGGCAUGAAUGCCUCGUAUAAUUAUUCUCAGACAAGUGCACAGAUGCAAAAUCUACCAUUCUCAAGCUCAAUGGCUUCGUUACCAAAUACUCUGUUGGCAGCAAAUGUUCAUCCUGCAAGAGAGUCUGAACUACCAUACUCGCCUUUCCCUAUGUCACAAUCGGUGCCAAAUAAGUAUGGCAACACUGUAUCGUCCAUUAGUGGCUCAUCGAUCUCUGUUGCAGAGGCUCUGAAGACCGGUUUUCAGUCAGUGCAGUCUACUCAACAGACCCCAUCUGGAACCAGCGUUGCCACAGGACCUGCACUACCUCAACACCUUGUGCACCCUUACUCCCAACCUACUCUUCCUUUGGGACCUUUUGCCAAUAUGAUAAGCUAUCCUUUCUUGCCGCAGAGUUAUACGUAUAUGCCAUCUGGUUUCCAGCAAGCAUUCGCUGGUAACAACACGUACCACCAAUCUCUGGCAGCUGUUUUACCUCAGUAUAAAAGUAGUGCAUCAGUCAGCAACUUGCCUCAGUCUGCUGCUGUUCCUUCUGGUUAUGGUGCCUUUGGGAGUUCAACAGCCAUUCCAGCAAACUAUGCUAUGAACCCAACGGCUGCCUCCCCAGCAGGAUCAACCAUGGGAUACGAUGACAUCCUGAGUUCUCAGUACAAGGAUAGCAAUCAUUUGAUAUCCCUUCAACAGAAUGAUAACCCGGGUAUGUGGCUUCAUGGGCCUGGUUCAAGAACAAUGUCAGCCGUUCCAGCUAGUACAUAUUACAGCUUUCAGGGGCAGAAUCAGCAGCCUGGUGGUUAUCGGCAAGGUCAACAGCCUUCACAAAAUUACGGAAAUCUUGGCUACCCAAAUUUUUACCAUUCUCAGACUGGUGUACCAUUGGAACAUCAGCCACAAAACCCUAGAGAUGGGGCUCUUAGUGGAUCUCAAGGCCAACCAAAGCAGUCUCAGCAAAUUUGGCAAAACGGCUACUAACCUGGUCACCUUCUGAUUUCUCAGGGUCUUGUAUCGAGUGUGAAAGUGGCCUAUUAAGCAUUUCUGUUGGUUGAAUAAUAUAUCAAUGUCUUGGAGAGAAGUGAUUUGCUGCUGCCCUGUGCCUUUAGAGGUUGUAUUUUAAGUACUUUUCUGUCUGUUAAAUGUAACGUAGGUACGACCGUGAGUGUUUGCUAAUUUUUGAGUUAGUUAACAUAUAACUUAAUGUUUUUGUUA